AUGCAGCAGUUGGAAAAAGAACGAGAUACCCUGCGUGACAAUGUUUCCUAUCUACAGUCGCAGUCCAUGCGAAACAACCUAAUUUUCACCGGGGUAACAGAAGACAACUCGACCGGAAACGAGCCGCCGGAAGUUACUGAACGGAAACUCCGCCAGCAUCUACAAGACGCCUUUAAGAUCGCUCAUGAGGUUGUAGACACAAUUAGAUUUGAGAGGGUGCAUCGCUCUCCUGGGUCGCCAAUAUCAGGAAAAGUGAGGAACAUUGUUGCAAAAUUCACGUUUUUUAAGGAAAGAGAAACGGUACGCAAACUUUGGAAAGAACUCGACGGAACACUGUAUCGUGUCUUUGAGCAGUUCCCACAAGAGGUGAUAGAAAAGAGGCGCAAGUUAGUACCCCAAAUGAAAGAGGCGAGACGGUUAGGAAAACGCGCCUAUCUGGCAUAUGACACUCUGUACAUCGAUGGAACCGCAGUUAAAGCAUAG